UUCCAUUCGAAUGGACGUCAACGCUGCAAGAGAAUUAAUUCAACUUCAACGCGAUAAUCAUAAUGAUUUUGAAGGGUUCGCCGCUUCUUCCUCUCAAUGUCGUAGGAAAUGGUACUCAUUAAAAUAUGGAUACGAAAAUCUCAAGAG